UGUGUGAAUACAGGAGGAGCUCUGACAUCACUGUAGUUCAGUGAGAGACUCAGAGAAAGAGAAACUAACUUGAUCAACAACAAAAUGGACGCCUGAAACCAUCGAACUCUUUAAACAACAGAAUAUUGAGUCGUUCAGAGACCCUUGUGAACACAUCUGAUACUCACAGGCUUUAAGAGGGAAAGAACAAUGGCAGAAUCUUCACUAACAGAAAGAAAAACCAGGAGAGGGAGUAUCGAAAUAUUACCUCCAUUCAUGUCAUCCUCCAUGAGUUCACUGUCUGAGGAAAUUCAGUGCUCUGUAUGUCUGGAUGUGUUCACUGAUCCAGUCUCGACUCCAUGUGGACACAACUUCUGCAAGAUCUGUCUGAAUAAGUGCUGGGACAACAGCCAGACCUGCAGCUGUCCAUACUGUAAAGAAACAUUCAAGCAAAGACCUGAUCUCAAGAUUAAUACCACACUCCGAGAGCUCGUAGAUCACUGUAAGAAGAAAAGUCCUGAGAAAAAGCCUGAAGUUCUGUGUGACAUCUGUGAGGAAAGAAAGCUGAAAGCGCUGAAGUCGUGUCUGGUGUGUCAGAGCUCUUACUGUGAAACUCACCUGGAGCCUCAUCUGAGAGUGACACGUUUGAAGAAACACAAACUGAUGGAUCCUGUGAGUAAUCUGGAGGACUAUAUAUGUCAGAAACAUGAGAGACCUCUGGAUCUGUUCUGUAGAGAUGAUCAGACAUGUGUGUGUUCAGUCUGCUCUGUGAAAGACCACAAGAACCACAACACUGUUCCUAUAGAAGAGGAGAGUCAAGAGAAGAAGACUGAACUGAUGAAGACACAGAAAGACGUGCAGCUGAUGAUCAAGAACAGAAUCAAGAAGAUUCAAGACAUCAAACACUCAGCAGAAGUCAGAAAAAGAAACACAGAGAAGGAGAAAGCAGUCCGUGUCGAGCUCUUCACUGAUCUCAUCCGCUCCAUUGAGAGACAUCAGACUGAACUGCUGGAGAUGAUGGAGGAGCAGCAGAAAGCAGCAGAGAAACAGGAGCGAGAGCUGAUUGAAGAGCUGGAGCAGGAGAUCACUGAGCUAAAGAUGAGAAACACUGAGCUGGAGCAGCUCUCACACACUGAAGAUCACCUCCACCUCCUACAGAUUCACUCAUCCCUGUGCAGCUCUAGAAACACCAGGAACUGGCCUGAGAUCAGUAUGAAGACUGAUGAGAGUCUGGAGACUCUGAGGAGAGCUCUGACUCAACUGAAGGACACUAUAGAUGAGAAACUCACACUAACUGUCUCUACAGAGCUGAAGUGGAUGCAGCAGUAUGCAGUGGAUGUGACUCUUGAUCCUGAUACAGCUCAACCAUAUCUCAUUCUGUCUGAUGAUGGAAAACAAGUGAGAUGUGGAGACAUUAGACAGAAACUCCCAGACACACCAGAGAGAUUUGAUACAUGUCCCUGUGUCCUGGGAAAGGAGGGAUUCUCCUCAGGGAGAUUUUAUUUUGAGGUGCAGGUGAAGGGAAAGACUGAAUGGGAUUUAGGAGUGGCCAGAGAAUCCAUUAACAGGAAGGGACAGAUCAUACUGAGUCCCAGUGAUGGAUACUGGACUGUGGUUCUGAGUAAUGGAAAUGAAUAUGAAGCCUGUGAUGAUACUUCUGUCUCUCUGUCUCUGAGAGUGAAGCCGCAGCGGGUCGGUGUGUUUGUGGAUUAUGAGGAGGGUCUGGUCUCCUUUAAUGAUGUGGAGUCCAACUCUCAUAUCUACUCUUUCACUGCUCAGUCUUUCACUGAAAAACUCUAUCCAUAUUUUAGCCCACGCACUAAUGAUGGAGGUAAAAACUCAAGCCCACUGAUCAUCACACCUGUCAGUUAUAAUAAAUGAAUUUACUCAAUUAUCAAAUGCAAGAUUAAAAUAAUGAAUUUUAUAAUUAAAAAUCUGGAAACAUUA